UCAACUAAAAAAUCAUAGUCAAAACAAUAACAUUUAUUUCCUUAUCUACUUGAUAAAUAACGUCUAAAUAAUUAUCAAUUAUAUUUAUCAAUUAAUAAUAUUGAAUACAAUUUUUUACAACAAUUAUCAUGGAACGACAAAUUGACAAAACACUUGAAGAUGUGAAAAAUAUGCCAGGUGUUACUGGUUGUCUAAUUGCUGAUAGAUCUGGUCUUUGUCUUGGUUCAAAAGGAAAUGUAUCAAGUGAAUGUGCUGGAAUGAUUGCAGCAAUAAUUAAUCAAGCAUCAAAAUUAGAACCAGGUUUAGAUUCACCAGUUGUUUUAUUUGAAAAUGAGACAAGACAAUGUAUAAUACAACGUGAUGGAUUAGUAACUGGUGCUGUGUUCAAGGAUACGUCUCAAUGAAAAUCAUUACACCUUCUCGAAUUAUCAAAUUUUACAAUGGAAUUUUAAUUACAACAAC